CCCUUAGCCUCCAUUGCACAAAAAUGUCUUCGAGAGUAAGGGAAGACAGGUCUCGAGCUCGUCGUCACCAGAGAAAGAGACCUCAAGAAGCAGUACUUGGCAGAAGACCAAUACACUCACGGGUGAUAGUAAAUGAUGAUCAGAAUGCAAAUGAUGUACAGAUAGUUGCAACACGUCCAAACAGAAGCUGUAUAGACCUAACAGAUGAUACUGAGAAUGACUUUAUUGACCUGACUAGUCCCACUGUACUGACAGCUCCUGCCUUUAACAGCACUGCAGACGAAUCAGUCCUUUUUGUGGGUGCAGAGGCAGCCCUCGAUCUGUCAGGUGACCUCAUCCUGGAAGAAGCCAAUGAAGAUGAUAUUCUAGCAGAGGCUCUCCCAGAAUUGGAUGACUCUGCAGCGUCCUUGCCCGGGGGUAGGAAGAUAACUUGUCCUAUCUGUCUGGACAGUGCUGAACGGAUAACGAGAAAUGGCAACCGACUCAGUUCAACUGUAUGUGGCCAUAUAUUCUGUGAAUUGUGUAUCCAAAGUGCCAUCAGAGCCCAGAAAUGUUGUCCAACGUGUCGGAAAAAAUUAACUCUGAAGCAGAUUCAUCCUAUCUUUAUAUGACUGGUACGCAGUAUUGUCGUCAAUGGUGCUGUGGGGACUACAAAGUGACUUGUGAUAUUUGGUACGGUUUUCUGUGUAAAGCGACAGGUGAUAUUUGGUACAGUUUUCUGUGUAAGGUGACAGGGUGAAACAGUGCUGUAGUUGUGAAAGAUAGUCCUUUUACAUCAUGAUCAUCUUAUUGUGUGAACAGAAGCCAUGAUAAUGUUGAAAUGAUUUUGUUAUGAUGUAUAUCUUCACAACAGUUUGUAACUGAUGCUGGAAGAAAUCACAUCAACUUUAUAUACCAAUAUAACAUGAAAAGAUUCUAUUUAAGAUUCUCAGUUCUGAGACUAUCGUGUAGUAGUAUUAGCAAGGGCUGGUGAAUUAUAUAACCUAACUAGUGCUUCAGUGAAAACUAAUCAGUAUAUCAUUUGACUCACAGAUAAACUAAAUAAGAAUAUUACUGUGGGUACUUUCCAAUAUUGCUUCAUAAAUGUUAUGUGCAAUGGAAGCAUUGGACAUCUACUUCAGCCAUGGCCAUCUGUCGUUGUUUAUGUGGAUGUUCCUCCAAUGGCCAGAUCUUAGACAAGUACCAUAUCACCUAUGUAAGGCUGGUAAAUAGUCACCUGGACUAACAGGCUACAUUUGCCCUAAAUGUGCUUUCAGAAAAAGGGAAGAUGUUUUCUUUUGAAGUAAGUCACAGAUGAUAAAUAAAUAAUAUCCCAGGGUUGUUUUUUAACUUUUGUUUUAAGUCAGUGUUUGAACUGAAUAUCUUAAAAAACAGUUGAUGGCAUUCUGGGAAAGGAAAAUUAGGACUUGAUGUAGCAGUGUGAAUGUCUUAAGUAAUGAUACAAAUAUGUCUGUGAUAUACAAGUUUACUUACCUCAUCUCGUUGUUUUCUGUAGCAGGUGUCUUGACCAUUGAUCAAGGAAUUGAGAAACAUUCUAUAGCAGAGACAUGGCUACCUCCUUUUUGAGUUUAGAUAGUCUCAUUGCUUUUGUAAAUUCUGUAUAUUUGUGUAAAAAGAUUUGCUACAACAUGAUAUAUGCAAAUAUUUUUGAAACACUGUAUAUAUCAUAAUCGCUUUGUACUUUCACUGAUGUUUAAAGCUUACUUUCGUUGAGGUUUCAAUCUUUCAACUUAAAAUAUGGGUCUACUAACAUUUCACAAUUCCAAAUGUACACAGAUAAUAAAGUUACUAAAUCAUAUGGAUUUUAAUAAGUCAUUAUGGAAUUUGCCAUCUGAUAACUCAAUGGGUACCUAGAGCGAUAUGUUAUAGCUCCUCUUUCUGAACUUAAUGCACUUUCACGAAACUAGAGCCAGUGCAGGAGCCUUAACCUGUUUGACUUUAGAAAACCUACCAGAUAUGUAUAUUCCAUAUAUUAAACAUGACUUUGAUCUAAGUUUAAAAAUUAGCCAUAAUUUCUUCAGAAAUAGAAGUGAAGUUUUCUAUAACAAAGUUACCUUUUUGUAAUCAGUUUAUUGUGUAGAUAUAUGUACAUUGUAUAUAAAGUUUGAACUUCAUUUGCAUUUUUGCAAGAAAUCUGGACAUGAACUUGGGAUUUCUAUAACAUCGCACAUCAAAACUUGACUGUCCGAAAAGAAUUCUGAGAAUGCUCUCUCCCAAAGGUGUAUAUGGAAGCUUGAUGUUUUUAACAUAUAUUUUACCAUAAUUAUGACCAUCCCAAUGUUCCAGCAUAACUUGUACAUAUAUAUUUUACAAUAUGACUGCCCUAAUCAGCUAACCAUAUGUUUUUACAAGUGGUAAAGAUAAGCUGGAACAUGAGGGUAGUCAUAUUGUAAAACAAAAAUGAACAAGUUAUGCUGGAACAUUGGGAUGGUCAUAGUUAUGGUAAAAUGUAUGUUACUUAUAGACACAUUUGAGAUAUACACUUUGGAACUCUCAAUAAAUUUGCGACACUUUAGACAAAACAGAUGAUUUUACCCAGAAAGUUGAAGUAUGAUCCUUAUUGCAAACAAUACCAUGAUAGAACUAUUAAUCAAAUGUACCUGUAUAAUAGAAAGAGUUAUUGUUGAUUCAGUGCUCGUGUCAGUAUCGAUUGCUUACAUCUCUUUUGAAAUUUGUUUUGUCAUCAGUUCUUAAUAAAGGUGUAUUGUUUCUCUGA